UGGUACGGCCCAGAGAUGAAUUCGGAAGAGUUUUCGCUUCCGCGUCUUCUAAACCAAGCCGGAUUUUUGCAGAUUGCGGCUAACAAGGGCGAUGUGGAGAUGACUCGAUGGCUGGUAAAGAAGGGUGCCAAAGUCAACUCGAUGCCGAGCAAAGAGUGCUGCUGUUGGGAUGUCAACGGGACUGCCGUCGCAUACGCGGUGGCAGCGGCAAGGGUGGAAGUCAUCAGCCUUCUUCUCGAGCUGGGAGCGGAUCCGAUGUUGAAGGAUGAACGAGGCCGAACCGCGCGACAACUUAAUGCGAUCUACGGACAGCAACGUACGAGGGAAAGGAUUGAUGCCCUUUUGGGUCCUGAAGGCGGGUGAGAACGAGUGCUUCGAGGACCAAGGUCUCCACCACCAACCAACAAUGCGGUCUUCCUGCAUGCCGCUAGAUCUGCAACGGACGUAGCAGGCUAGGGCACCUUUCGAGCGCGCAGAUCACGGAGUCAGACAGCCAACACUGGCGUCUUGUUCUUGCUCGAUUGUCAUCCGCCCACGCAGCACGGCUUACGAAGAGCUGCUUGUCAGAACAGACAGUAAGC